CUUUCGUUUCCGGAAAUUUCCCGAACCCCAAAUUACCUAAUCCCGAACAAUACCGACGACAAUGUCGAAGAAUCUUAGGAAUCUUGGUGAAAUUUUGACGAGAUGAGGUCAGUUUGGCGGUUAGACGGAACCUAACCCGGUAAAAAUUACGGCCAUUUUGUAAAAUUUAUACAUUUCAAAGGGUCUAGACUGUUGAUGAACAAUGUAUCGCCUAAGUCAGCGUUUUAGAAGGAGAUUUAGGCCGAAAGAAGGCGAACAAAAGACAGACAAGCAUUCGAUCGAAUACAAAGUCGUUCUCCUUGAUGACACAGACCUCACUUUCAACAUUCACAAAAAAAGCAAGGGCCAAGAGCUGAUUGAUCUUGUAAUGAAAAACCUUGAUUUGGUGGAAAAGGAUUAUUUUGGAUUACAGUUUAUGGACACACAUCAAGUUGGGCACUGGCUAGACCCUACCAAGAAGAUAAAGAAACAAGUAAAAAUUGGGCCACCCUACACCCUGCAUUUUAGAGUAAAGUUUUAUGCAGCUGAGCCUCACGAGCUAGGAGAAGAGCUGACAAGAUAUCAUUUUUUUCUACAAGUUAAACAAGACAUUGCAAGAAACAAGCUAGAAGUUCCCCAAAGAACUGCAGUAGAUCUUGCAGCUUACAGUUUGCAGUCUCAACUUGGUGAUUAUGAUGCAGAGCUUCAUGGGGAUGAUUAUAUGGCAGAAUUUAAGUUUUUUCCUGACCAAAAUAGAGAAUUGGAAGUUCAAAUUCGCAAGAAGCACAAAGCUCUUGUAGGCCUUAAUCCAGCAGAAUGUGAAGUUAAUUUCCUACGAAUUGUCAAGGGGAUGGAUUUCUAUGGAGUGAAUUUGCAUAGUGUAGUGGACCAACAUAAAAUAGAGUAUGAACUUGGCCUUACUCCAAGAGGAAUUCUCGUUGCCAGAGAAAAGAAGAAAGUUGGUCUACAUUAUUGGCCACGGAUAGCCAAAAUGACUUUCAAGAAAAAGAACUAUCUGCUUGAUGUCCAAGAAGAGGAUCGACAAGUUCACUCAUACAUUUACACCCUGAGUAGUGCUCAGGCAGCAAAGCAUCUAUGGAAGUGUGCCGUGGAGCAUCACACCUUUUUUAGACUUGUGAAGCCUGCCAACAAGCCUAAAAGAACAUCUAGCUUCCUGCGCUUUGGUUCACGUUUUAGAUACAGUGGAAGGACGGAGUAUCAGACGCAAAAGGACUCUCGCCUUAGUGCAAGGAAAUCACUAAAAUUCAAAAGGGCAACAUCUGAACGAUUUACCAAGCGGUCAACAAUUGGGUAUAUCCGUGUUGGUUCAAGAGUGUGGGGCAAGGCUUUGAAUGGUGACUUCUACCGUGGCAUGGUCACUGGCGUUGGGCAAAUGGUCCAUAUCAAGUUCGAUAAUGGAGACACCAUUGCGCACGAUAGGUCAGACCCUGAAUGUGUAGUCUUCGACAAGGAUCCAGACCCACAAGAGAUUCAGUUUGGUACUCGAGUCAUUGCGCACUGGCCUACCCUACCAGCUUACCUGUCUGGCAAAGUGAUCGGUAUUGAUCCACACAAAUACUAUGUGGAAUAUGACGAUGGCGACAAGCACCACAACACCAUCCAGCAGAUGAGAAUACUCAAGCCACCUUUGUACUUUGGCCCCGGCACCAACGCCCGCAAGAUCAAAAAGUCCGAGUCUAUGAAGGUCACAAGUCUAACGGGUCGAGCCGUCAUCACAACAGAACUCCCGAAACCCGACAAAUCCAACGGGGCUCCCAAGACCUCUACCGUCUCCAUGGAAACCCCUGCUACUGUUGCCCAGGCAACGGUAGCAGCGAAGAGCGACGAUGAUCGAAACCAACCGGAAACGACGUUCGCGAGGUCAACCUCACUUCCGGCGACCGUCAGAGCUCCUCCGGAGGGAUCCUUUGACGAAAAACAGAAAAAGGCCCGAAACAAGUCGUCUGCAGGAACGUCCAAACAAAAAGCACCGCUCGAUGUGUUCUCUCUUCCAGAGACGGAUAUCGACUCAGGCAUCACAGUCGCGUGUGAGGCGAGUAAAGGCACGCGUAGGAACAUACACACGUUUGACAUGACAGGAAAGGACACUGCACGUGGUGUUGCGAGGAGUAAUCCCGAGACAAUGCGCGCAUACCGCACAGGCUCACCCACAGCGCAGCUCAUCGUCCCGCGUAACGCGCCCUUCGCGCCAAACUUCCAAGAGGACUCCGGAGACAAGGGCUCCUCAAGGGCUUACCGUAAUCUGGACGCUCAGAGGGCAUUCCACGUGUUCGUCCCGCGGGCAUCCCGCGCGUCGCGGGACCACAGCAAGAGGCUUACCUACAUUCCGACUAUGUCUUAUCACGCCGUUCAUCGCUAUAGGAAGCGAACAUCGUUACCCGAUCUACGUGAGUUCCUAGAACAAGAGGAGGCGGAGAAGCAAGCAAAGAGAAACAUUGAAGGAAGUCCAAAGGCCUUGAAUAGAACAGCCUCGUUGAAUGACCUGGCAAAAGCCUCUCCUGAGUCCAGCCGUCAGACGCCUCUUUCCAUGGACAACCUCGGUAUUAACACGUCUCCUGUGGACAACGAUGCUCCCGUUACCAACUGGCCUCCCCAAGAGCCACACUAUCAGCCAACUUCAGCAACCACCCGCUCAAUGUUUGUCACAGAUCUUUAGGAACAAUUAGUGGAAGUAUAGUCUAAAGUUUCUUUUAGAAUUACAUUUGUUGAGCUGGAUUUUUUCUUUCAUUUCUUUUUUAAAGUAUGGAAGGAAGACUAAGGCUUAGUUCAAACGUCGUAUCAUCCAUGAGCCGUCUUCAAUGCAAAUGCAUGAAGAUGAAUCGAGUCGAUUGUUUUAUCUUCAUUUGCAUUGAAUAUGGCUUUUGGAUAAUACGGCGUUUGAACUUAGGCUAACAUCCAAAAAUCAAUGCCCAUUUAUCAUUUUCAGAUUUUAAUGUUUUGUGGUUUCCGAGAGUAAAUACACGUGCUGCUUCAUACGGAAGAAAGCAGUGCACCUGAAGUUGAACAAACUUGAAUUUUAUUUUUAACUUAGUUAUUCUUAUGUCCACUGUAUUCAGACCAGAGUUUCAAGUGUUUUCAGCGACUUCAGAAUGUUUUCGUAUCAUCCGUUUUCCUCUAUUUUACACAAUACUUAUUCACGCACCAAAAUGCCAAGUUUUUUUUAAAUUGUACCAAAAGAGUUUUGAAAAAUUUUCAUUUUUAUGAACUAAAUAUAUUGUUAUUAGGAGAGGGGGAAACUAUAAAUAAAACCAUUUUAGCAGUU